AUGAGGCAGCAACAACGCUCUGAUAUCACAGAUAUCGGUCUAAGUAUGGGGUAUCAAGCCAGCCCACAAGACCUCUGGAUCGGUGUCCUGAGUCGUCGUGACUCGAGUGUAUUUGCUGCGUUCCUAGUCUAUGUUGCAUUUGAUGUCCAAUAUGUGCAUAUUCUCACCUCCUCAACUGGUGGUCUUGAAACAGCAACAGACAGAUCAGCAACGUUCUCCAGGAUGGAGCACUUCAAGGCCGCGGCUGUGAUUCGUCUGCGGCCUGCCAUGCGUGUGGCUUCGAGUUUAUUAUAUGAGGGGGUCGUACUGAUAUGGCGUCCAAACACGCCAAGGUUGCGAGGGACGAUGUAUAGGGUGGAGGAAACUUUCACGGAAACUUCACCGGAUGUUGCCAGGCGAGACAGAUUUGGCACCAACAGAGGUAUUCUGCAGUACUCUACUACUGAAGCACCUCAGCUUGAGUGCGACCCUCUCACACACACAGGGGCUGCGCAAGUGCUCAAACCUGGCACCUGGAUACCUGAGAGACUCGAGGGUCAUCGGACAGAAACCCCCGGAUAUAGCGUGGCAGAGUUUUCGUUCAUAGCGCGGCUCUUGGGGGCAAAACGGCCGCGACCCGCUACUCUAAUCCUCUUCCGAACGCCGGCAUGGCUGGUACCGGAGAAUUUCUCGAUCGUUAGCACUUCCGGUCGGCUUUCGACGCGCAGCGAGAUCUCAAAUUCGAGUCACCUGCUGCAGUAUCCGCUGCUGGAAUCUCACAGCGGGUCUGUGGAGACGGGCCACAGCCAAGAGACCCCGUUGGAGAUUCAGAAGCUUAUUCCAACUGCAGUCUGCGAGCCAAAGUCAACACAUCGAUCCCUGGACUGA